UUACUUGGUCUCUGAAGGAAAUCCAGAGAGCCACACGACAGUAGAAGGGUAACAUAAAAAUCCAACCUUCCAAUGAGAGGCAAAGAAGUCACAGAAAGCAGGAGAAAAAGAGACACAGGAAUAUCCCCAACAUGACCUCAGAGUUGCACAUGUCAGAACCAGUGUGCCUCAUAGAGAAUGCUCAAAACCAGCUGUUGGCCAAUCCGAAGGCUCUGGAGAUCCUGUCUGCCAUUACACAGCCUGUGGUCGUCGUGGCUAUAGUGGGUCUCUACCGCACAGGCAAAUCCUACCUGAUGAACAAGCUGGCUGGCAAGAGAAGGGGCUUCUCCUUGGGCUCCACAGUGCAAUCUCACACCAAGGGGAUCUGGAUGUGGUGUGUGCCUCAUCCCAAGAAGCCAAAGCACACCCUAGUUCUUCUGGACACUGAGGGUUUAGGAGAUGUGGAGAAGGGUGACAACCAGAACGACUCCUGGAUCUUCGCCCUGGCAAUCCUCCUGAGCAGUACCUUUGUGUACAACAGCAUGGGCACCAUCAACCAGCAGGCCAUGGACCAGCUGCACUAUGUGACAGAAUUGAUAGAUAGAAUCAGGGCAAUAACCGCAUCUGAUACCAAUGGAGCUGAGGAUUCAGGUGACUUUGUGAGCUUCUUCCCAGACUUUGUGUGGACACUGAGGGAUUUCCACCUGAAGUUGGAAAUAGAUGGACAACCCAUCACACCGGAUGAGUACCUGGAGAAUUCAUUUAAGCUUAAGGAAGGCAUCAGUGAAAAAGAUAGAAAAUUUAAUCUGCCUCGACUCUGUAUCCAGAAGUUCUUCCCGAAGAAGAAAUGUUUUAUCUUUGAUCAGCCCACUAAUCAGCAAAAACUAGGCCAACUUGAUAGUCUGGAUGAUGAUGAGCUAGACUCCGAAUUUAUGCAACAAACUGCAGUCUUCUGUGCCUACAUCUUCAGCAAUUCCAAAACUAAAACACUUACAGGAGGCAUCCUGGUCAAUGGAUCUCGUCUGGAGAGUUUGGUGGUGACCUACGUCAAUGCCAUCAGCAGUGGGAAUCUGCCCUGCAUGAAGAAUGCAGUCCUGGCCUUGGCCCAGAUAGAGAACUCAGCUGCAGUGCAAAAGGCCGUUGCCCGCUAUGACCAACUGAUGGACCAGAAUGAGCAGCUGCCCGCAGAAAACCUCCAGGAGCUGCUAUACCUGCACAAGGCCUUUACCCGAGAGGCCAAUGAAGUCUUCAUGAGGAGCUGCUUCAAAGAUGUAGACCAUUUAUUUCUAAAGAAAUUAGCGGCCCAGCUAGAAAAAAAGCAGGAAGAAUUAUUAGAACAGAAUUUGAAAGUAUCAUCAGAUCGUUGCUCAGUUUUACUUAAAGAUAUUUUCACUCCUCUUGAAGAAGCUGUAAAACAGGGGAUGUACUCUAAACCAGGGGGCUAUUGUCUUUACAUCCAGAAAAUACAAGAGCUGAAGAAAAAAUACUUUCAGCAACCCUGGAAAGGGAUGCAGGCUGAAGAGAGUCUUCAGAAAUACUUGUUAUCUAAGGAAUCUGUGACUGACGCCAUUCUAUGGAUAGACCAGACUCUCACAGCAAAGGAAAAGGAACUUGAAGUGGAACAUGUGAAAGCAGAAGCUGCUCAGGCUGCAGCAAAAAUGUUACAGGAAAGGCAAAUAAGGAAUCAAAAGAUGAUGGAACAGAACGAAAAGAGUCAUCAGGAACAUGUGAGGCAACUGACUGAGAAGAUGGAGAGGGUAAGGGCCCAGCUGUUGCAAGAGUAAGAGAGGACUACUGCUCUUAAACUUCAGCAACAGGCCCAACUCUUAAAGGAAAGAUUCCAUAAUGAGACCAGAAAAUUCUAAAUGAGAUACAGAAUUUCCAGAAGAGUAUGGAAAAACCAAAGAAGAGAUGUUUGUGAAGAUGAAGACCUAUAAAACAGCUUUCCUGGUCACUUUUAAUAAAGG